AUGUCGGCACCAGAGGAUAAUGGGCAACAGACGCUGCGGAACGUUCGGGUGUUAAACGCGUGGAAUUUCCCACUCCAGAUGAUUCCGGGAUUAUGCGAGGGGAGACCGCCGCUGCAGUCCCUUUCCAUCUACUUACCGGCACUCCAUGAGAGCGUAGGAGUCUGCAGAUAUCUCCUCGACAACCUGACGCAUUUGCAUCUCCGACAAGUGUUCUUGACACCCGGUAUUCCUCUUAUUCAUCUGCCAAAGGUUUGCUUUCUAGAUAUUGAGCUUCAACAUAUCGACAAAGUGGGGAUUCCGCUCAAACUUCCUCGCUUGACAAAGCUCGUUAUCACCUAUCAUUGUUCCUCUGACACACUCCCCCCAGAGAUCCACAACUUUAUCGUCUCCUUUUCCAGCAAGCUCACAGACCUCGUCUUGCUCGGCUAUCAAAACAUGCCCUUUGUCUUGUUUGAACUCAUCCCUCUUCUCCCGCGACUGCAGUUGUACGGGACUGGCGCGCACUUUACGAGGUGUACAAUCGGGCUUUUAGAGAGCCAAUGGGCAGAGUGUGGAAAGGUGGAUACGUUGGUGAUCUAUGGAAUAGAAAGAAAGUGUGGGGAUAUGUUAAAGUGUCUCGUGGCGCUCUUUCUAUCCCGUCGACCGUUCAAGUCGCUUCGGAUCCCACUCACGUGGGCAGAGUUUAUCCACGAGGCCCAACAGAUGCGGUCGCACGCAAUGAGACGUAUCUUUGCACCGCUCUACUCGAUGAGCGUGCCCAUUUUCGACGCGGAUGGUGUAGGUCUCGCAGUUGACCAUUUGUACGAUUAG